UCCAUAUGGUGGCACUAUAAAGCUCACGGCCGAUUUCCAGGCUCCAUCAAAACCUGCUCGAGGCUUCAUCUCUGCUCGUGGCCGGCAGCAUCCUCUCACUACCUGAUCACUGAGCUCUGAACUUCUCACUUUGUCCCUCAGCAGCACCGCUGAGCCCUGGGGUGCCUCAGCCACCGUCUUCAAAGCUGAUUCAUCUUGGAGAAACAUGAAGACCCUCGGCACGGUAACUCUCUUGCUUUUGCUCUCGGGAAUCUGGUGUCAGAACAACCCGAAUUCUAAAGCUGGUGGCAAGUCCACCAAGAGGUCUGGUGGGAACCAAGGAGGUGAUGUGCACCAGUCUCCCCCCGUAGUGGAUCUGAGUCCGGGAGCAGCUGGAAGCAGUGGAAGCACUAGAGGCACCGGAAACUCUGGAAGCGCUGGAAGCUCUGGGACCAUUGGGAGCUCUGGGAGCACUAGAGGCACCGGAAGUUCUGGGAGCUCUGGAAGCACUGGAAGCACUGGGAGCUCUGGGACCAUUGGGAGCUCUGGGAGCACUCGAGGCACCGGAAGCUCUGGGAGCUCUGCAAGCACUGGAAGCGCUAGAGGCACUGGAAACUCUGGAACAACUGGAAGCACUAGAGGCACUGGGAACUCUGGAAGCACUAGAGGCACCGGAAGCUCUGGGAACUCUGGAAGCACGAGAGGCACUGGGAACUCUGGAUCCACUGGAAGCACGAGAGGCACUGGGAACUCUGGAAGCACUAGAGGCACUGGACGCUCUGGGAGCUCUGGAGGCUCUAGAGGCACAGCUGAAGCAGGUCGGGAGGGCGCCGCAGGAGCUCGAGCAGCUGGCCGACAGACGGACGACAUGAGGCUGCACUUCCUCAAGAACAACCAGGUCACAUGUAACGACGGAACAGUGGCCGGGUUUUACCUAAAGGAGUUCAGAGGAAGCCGCCGAUGGCUGUUAUUUCUGGAAGGCGGCUGGUGCUGCCACAGCAAAGAUACCUGCGAUGCCAGGUACCAAAAUAUACCCAGACUUAUGAGCUCAUCGGAGUGGCCCCAAACAAAAAGAGGAACUGGAAUAUUGUCUUCUCAAGCGCAGGAAAACCCACAUUGGCAUAAUGCAAACAUUGUAUUCAUCCCUUACUGCUCCAGUGAUGUAUGGAGUGGCAUGGGGGUUGCCCCGACCCCUCCUCCAAGGUCCCGGCAAGGCAGGGAGAAAGACAGCGAUGGAAAUACUAAUGCGACGGAGUACACCUUCAUGGGAUCCCUGAUUAUCCGCGAGGUCGUCAAAGACCUCAUUCCCAAAGGAAUCAAGCAGGCCAAGGUUGUCAUGCUGUCUGGCACCAGUGCGGGAGGAACGGGUGUUUUGCUGAACAUCGAGCGGGUGGCCGGUCAGCUGGAGUAGCUCGGCGCGGCAGACGCUCAGGUCCGAGGCCUCGUGGACUCGGGGUGGUUUCUCGAGAGCAAACAGCCGAGAUCGCCCAUCUGCCCCGAGACUAUUUCCUGCUCGCCUGAAGAUGCCAUCAAGAUCGGACUCAGGUUAAGAAAUAUUAAAAUUUUAUGAGAUAGGAUUUUAGAGUUAUAUAUUGAAGGUGUGUGCUUCUUUGGGCACAAACUGUACUCGACCUUGACCUCUCCUCUGUUUGUCGUGCAGUGGCUGUUCGACGAGGAGCAGCUGAGAGUGGAGAACAUCUACAUGGGGGGACAGAGUCUCUCUGAGGAGCAGUGGCAGUACAUUCAGAACCUGGGCAGAGAGCUCAAGAUCUCCCUGAGAGAUGUCAUGGCAGUGUUUGCUCCGUCCUGCCUCUCCCACACAGUGAUUACCAAAAGCAACUGGAUAAGUUUCCACGUGAAAGGCACCUCUCUGCCACGGGCGCUGCACUGCUGGGACCGGAGUCUGGAGGCGGCCCGCCACAACAGAACCCCAGCCAAAGGCUGUCCUUUCCACCUGGUGGACUCCUGCCAGUGGCCCCAGUGCAACCCCACCUGCCCGGCCUUGGUGGACCGGGCCACGCAGCAGGAGCUCACCUUGCUCCAGAUGAUGGUCGCCAUGGGCCUCGACCUCCAGAAGCUGGGUCUGGAUCCCCAGGGAGAUGCAGAGUCUCUGGCCAGCAUGGUUACUAGCAACGGUGGCUAAAUGUAAAAUAAAGUGUAUCGAAGCUCGAGCUAUAUGCAAAAAGGCUUAAUAGAAGAAAUAAUGUGUUGAAAUUGUAAUGUAACCAUCGAAUUAGUACAGGAAUCGUCUCGUGCUGCUCAGUGUUCCAUUGUGUGCUUCAUGUGUCUGUUAAUGUGGUGACCGGUGGUGGUGUCACUGGGUCGGAGUGGUUUGGCCGUCCCUCUACUGGACACGAGAGGGAACAGCGCUUAGGUCCAACUCAAAGGUGUUUGAGUUGUGCUGGUUGAAUAGUUUUGACAGGCACACGUACUGACGGCUCUCUCCUUCAACACACUUUCAUCGCGAUCACAGGAAAAUCAAACUUCAGAGCGUAGCAGUAGAGUUGAUGUUUAAUGAAUAGAGGCUCCUUCAAAAAUAUCAGCACCUGUUGCUUUGACAAGGCUCAUGAAAAAUAAACAUUUGCACACACUAUACUAUCGUAGGUUAACAUUUUAAUAUGCUUUAAAGAAAGAUGUAUGUACUGGGAAGUACUUUCUACCAAACAGUCGAUAGUUUUCAUUCAAUAUCAGUUAUUCAUGUGCCAACUUUUGAUUAUUCUGAUUUGGAUUCAGACUAACCUGAUAAUGUUUUUUUACAAGUUCAAAAAGACACUGGUUGUGAUUUCUGCGACUCAGUUUUAGUCUCUCGCUCCCGAUGGUGAAUGUGCACGGUGUUCUUCUGUAAAGGCCGGCAGGAGUUCAACUAUUUAAAAUGUGCCGUCUGCAUUAAAUUAAUAUAAUCGCCUUAAAAACAAACAACGCUGUGGUUAUUUACCGCUCAGUGGUCAGGACCACGAGGGACAUGCAUGGACAUAUGUCAGGCUACGUAUUGCAAUCCUUAAUAGUUCUCAAUAUUGGCAACUUAUGGCUUCUUUCCCAAAUGGUGUGCAUGGCAAGGCAUUUUCAGAUGUGACUGUAACUGUGUGUUAUAUUUUCAUCGAGGUGCAGUAAUAACAAAUGAUAAUAAUGUGACAAUAACUGUUCCUGCUGUUAAGAAGCAUCAGACUGAGUUGUUGCUCAUGUUGAAACAGGGAAUAAAGAUUUUAAUUGGCUCUGACAA